CAUAAUUAUUACAGCUUGAUAAUACACAAAGACGUAGUUGGGUGUGAAACGCACUAUUGAUAUUUAUUUUUUUAUAUCUUGAGAAGUUCUGUUCAUUUAGCGUCUGCGUGUUAAGUUGUUCCUGCUAAGACAAAAAGGGUUUAUUUUAUGGUAAUUAAGACAAAUAAGAUAGCAAAGUAAAAACAGUGAAAAAAUGCAAGUGAUCUUGCUCGUAGCUGCACUUUCUUGUGCGGCUGCUGUCACAAUCUUCCCUAGUCAGUUACCUCCCAGGCCACGAGACAAAAGUCAACUUUGUUCUGAUCCAAGGUUUGCCUGCCAAGAUUUACAUUCUGCACAUCAUUGUGAUAGUGUCAAGAUCUGCAUCCCAGAAGUGUGGGAAAAAAUAAAACUCCCCAAAGCAAAUAAUGAAGUGUGUGACAUAUGUAAAGAUAUGGUCAAACAAGCCCGAGACCAGCUUCUCAGCAACGAAACUCAGGAAGAACUUAAAGAAGUUUUUGAGGGCUCUUGCAACUUAAUUCCAGUGAAAGUAUUGGCAGCUGAGUGUAGAAAGCUAGUUGACGACUACAUUCCUGACCUAGUUGACAUGCUGGCUUCCAGAAUGGAUCCUCAAACCGUUUGCACAGUGGCUGGCUUGUGUCCUUUUGUUUCAUUGAGGCAAAUUAUUCAUGAACAGCAGGAGCAAGGACAAAUAACUAAUCUUAUUGAAACAAAAGCCAGGGUUCAGCAGAAAGAUUGUCAUUUUUGUAAAGACAUAGUGAGUUUCAUCAAAGAAAUAGCAGAAUCUGUAUCUGAGGAAGAACUUGUUAAUGCUGUAAUGAAGUUCUGUGUUCAAGAUCUCGCAAAAUCUGAAUCUGAAUGUGCCAUUAUUGCUGAAGUUGCAGUAGUAUUUAGAAAAUUUGUUAAGGAUAUGUCAGAUGAGAAAUGUUUUAUAUGUGAAGCUACUUCUGGAUUAGCACAUGAUCUUCUUUCUUCUAAAACAGUACAGGACAAACUGGAGAACUUAACCUUGAGUGCUUGCUCUUUGGUUGAAAAGUGGAUACCAAAGUGUUCAGAUGAUGUAGAAAAAUAUUUUCCCCAGGUGAUGGAUGUACUUCAGACUAUUACAGACCCAACUUGGUUAUGUGCCUUUCUAAAAUUCUGCCCAUCCACUAAUCCACCAUCAGUGGACUUUGGUGGAAAUAAGUGUGACAUGUGCGAGAUCCUGGUGAACAAUGGUCUUGAUGUAAUGUUAAUGCCUGAAGUGCAGAAAAAAGUACGUGGUGUGUUAGAUAAGCUGUGUAGCUUUACCUGGAUAUUCAAAGACAAGUGUGAAACAACUGUUGACAAGUAUUUUGAUACAUUUUACAACUCUUUAAUGAAUACUAUACUGGACAGCAGCUCAUUGUGCUACUACUUGAAAUACUGCUCCAGUCCAAAGAAAUAUGGGGCUAAAGACUGGACUCCUGAUAUCUUACCAGUGGAAAAUGGUGAUACUUUUUGUGUGCCAUGUCGUAUUUUGUUGGGGAUAGCCCAAACUCAGUUAGAGAUGCCAAACUUGGAGAAUACCUUGAAAGGUGAACUGCUAAAAGUUUGUAACGAAACUAAAGGAUUUUCUGAACUGUGUGCAAUUCUUGUAAAUGAUACAUUUGUGGACUUGUACCAGUAUUUGGUCAAUUUAGUAGUGACACCAGAUUUAUGUGACAAAAUUGGUUUAUGUUCAGCUGAUACGAGUGACAAGGAAAUUCCAAUUACUGUCAACAAGGGAAUGUGCACACUGUGCAAGGAUCUUGCCAAAGUGGUGUUAGAUUACCUCUCUCAUGACUCAACUCGUGAUGAAAUUUUUGGUGAGGUAUCUAAGCUUUGUAAUCUUCUCGGACCCUUCUCAACACAGUGCCAGAAAUUGCUGGAUGAGAACUUUAAUUCCAUAUAUGGCUUUAUUAUUGGAGAGCUGGAUGCAGACACCAUAUGUGACAUAAUUCGCUUAUGUCAGUCCAGUUUUAAAACAAAGUUGCUGCUUGCUCCAUCUGUUGUUAAUAAAAGUAAUAAGAAAUGUGAGCUUUGUGAACUGUGGAGAGAGAGAGCUCAGAAUUAUAUAGGUGGAAAGUUCAUCAAGAAUGACAUAAAAUGGUUGAGCACAGUAUGUACAGAGUUUGGAAAUUUUUCAUCCAAGUGUCAACAAUUUGUUGAAAAAUACCAGACAUUAUUCAUCAAACUAAGCACGACAAAGCUUAAACCAAAAAUAUUUUGUCCAUCUAUCAGUAUGUGUCCAAUCAAGGCAACAUCAAAGGGUUCUUCAUCAGUGGAAGUGUGUGAAAUCUGUCAGAGUGUUGCUGCUGAUCUUCAAGAAUUAUUGACAAUCUACCCCCUCACUGGUGAAAUAGAAAAGAUGUUAUAUAAUAUGUGUGACGACGUUGGAAGAUUUUCUGAAACUUGCAAAACGAUUGUGAAUUUUGUUGUCAGUAACUGUUAUGGUUUUAUCCUGACCUCUUUGGAUCCAGAUCUGAUGUGCUCAUUCAUAAGACUUUGCCCUAAAACUUCUAUUAGUUUUGAGCAGUGGCUGAAUUACAUCGAAUGUAAUGCUUGUAUGUCUGUCGUUGGUGGUGCAAAAAACGAACUCUUGGAUUUUUUUCAGGAUAAGAGUAAAGCCAGAGAUAUUAUAUGCAGCUACUUCCCAACAUCUUUCAGGGCUUAUUGUGAAACAGCUGUUACAGAAUACAUCCCAACAAUUUACAAGUUUAUUUACAAUGUGGAGGCAAUGGAGGUUUGUGGAAUGGUAAAAGUGUGCCCACAAUCAAAUAAAACUCCCAAGUCCAAAAACAUUCAAGUGGCUGAUACUUUGACAUGUGAGUUUUGUGAAAACCUUGUUCAGUAUGUGAGAAACAUAAUUUCUUCAAACACAACUAAGGAAGAAUUCAGGACUGCUUUGCAUAACUUUUGUAAAGACCUUGGUGAAAUGAAAGAUAAGUGUGAGAAGAUGGUUGAUGAGUACUUUGAUGUGAUUUAUGACUUUAUUCUUAAUGAUUUGGAUCCAAAGUCUUUCUGUUCUGCAAUUGGAUUGUGUGAAAACAUCUCAGUAGGCAUGGUCAAGAUCCUACCAGCAGUAAAGAUGACUUCUUUUCAACCACUAGUUAAGUUAUUUCCAGCAGAAAUAGCACACAGACAGGAUAAGUAUGGUCUGUACAAGAAAAACCUUGAUGAAUCUAGUAGUAUUGAAGAUCGAAGCUCUCUCCAGUUGCCAGUAAAUCGGCUCAUGGUGCCAUAUUUCAUCAUGAAUCAGGAUCUAGACUGUGCAGUUUGUCAAGCUGUCAUGCAUUUUGUUGAGACAGAAAUUCAUAAAGUGGAUUUAAGAAGUAAACCUGCCUUUAAGAAGAUGCUAGAGGAGAUCUGUUCCAACUGGGCUGAAGAGGUUGGUACUCAGUGCACACGUUUCGUGGAUAACUACCUUGAUAUUAUUCUUGAUCUCUUGAUGAGGGAAGUCAAACCUUCAGAAAUCUGUAGGUUGAUAAAAGUUUGUCCAAAUAACAUGAAAAUGCCAGAAGCCAGAGUGAAAGUUGUUAGUCAUCCUCAUGAUUCUCGAUGCAAGCUCUGUAACCAGGCAGUGACGUAUUUGAAGAAGGAGAUGGAACACAACAAACCAGAGGAGGCAAUCAAAGCAGUUUUGGAAAACUUCUGCCAUACACUGCCACAGUCUAAUUUCAAGGAGUGUGAAGCAUUUGUUAAUAAGUACACAGAAAUGAUGGUAGAUUUAUUGAUUCAAGAAAUAGAUCCAGAGAAAGUGUGUGAGGUACUGAAGCAAUGUCCAGAGCAAGAAAGAAAUGAUAUCUUAAUUUCACAAGUUUCUGACAGCCUUCAGUGUACAUUGUGUAAGCAAGUAAUGACAUAUCUUGAAAAAGAACUUGAAGACAAACCAACAGAGGAAGCAAUUAAAACAGCCUUGGAGAAAGUUUGCUCUGUACUACCACAGUCAUUGUCAAAAGAAUGUGAUGAUUUUGUGAAUGAGUACGCAGAUAUUAUCAUUACACUUUUGGUGCAAGAACUUGACCCAAACACAGUCUGUGAAGCUUUGAAACUCUGUCCUGGGAAUAAAAUUAGUUUACAUCUGGUUUCUGGAUUUGACAAAACUGAAUGUGAAGUAUGCAAAAUAAUUACUGGCUACUUGGAAGAACAGCUGUCAGAAGAAUCAACUGAGGAAGAAAUUAGAAAAGUUCUUGACAAAUUGUGUUCAGAACUUCCUGAAUCUAAAAGUUCAACUUGCAAGAAGUUUGUUGACACUUACAGUGAACUUAUUUUAACAAUGAUUGCUAGAGAGUUAAAACCAGGUACUCUGUGUGGAAUGCUAAAGAUGUGUCCAGCUACUACUGGAGAAGUGGAAUGUACCAUGUGUCAGUAUAUCCUUCAUUUUAUCCAAACAGAACUGUAUGAUGCAAAGAAUCAGGAGGCAGUAAAGUCAGUGAUUGAUAGAGCUUGUGAAAUUUUGCCUGGUGCACUAGGUGAAACCUGCAAGUCUUUUGUAGAUAUGUAUGGAAGUUCAGUAAUGGUCAUUUUAGCCCAAGAUAUUGACCCCAGUGUUGUCUGUCCAGCUUUGAACAUUUGCCCUGCAAAUGUUUCUUUUUCAUCAGGUUUGAAAGUUGAAUCGAAACAACUGAAUUCGAAUGAAGUGGAAUGUGAAGCCUGUAAUCUGUUUGCUGAAUGGUUACAUACAGAGCUUGAAGACCAAAGGUCACAGGAUGAUAUCAAAAAAGCACUUGACAAAAUGUGCACAGUUCUUCCAUCAUCAGUCUUGGAAAGAUGCCAGAAAUUUGUGGAUAAAAAUAUUCAUUCUGCUAUCACAGUCUUAUCACUUGGUCUAGAUCCACACGUGAUGUGUCCGUUGUUUGAUUAUUGCCCAGGUGAAGAUGAAGUCAAAAAGAAGAUGGAAUGUGAGACCUGCCACUGGACUGUACAGUAUGUUCACCAACUACUGCAGAAUGUAAAAAGUGAAGCUGAAAUAAAAGAGCUGGUUGAAGAAGCCUGUAAGAUGCUACCAGGAACAAUGGCCAAUUCUUGCCACAAUUUAGUAGUUGAACAUGGAGAUGAUAUUUUAGGACUACUUGCUAUAGUUGCUGAUGCCAAUCUUGUCUGUUCUGUUCUUAAUGCAUGUCCUGCUACUGCUCCUAAACCUAUAUCAGUUAAAAACUUAAACCUGGACACAUGUGAAGUAUGUCAGUUGGUUGUGGACUAUGCUGAUAAGAUGCUGGAGGAUGAUGACUUUGAAAAGGAUAUUGUUGCUCUAAUUGAAAAAAUAUGUGGUGUGGUACCUACAAGUGUUGGUGCUCAGUGUGAGUCAAUAAUUAAGACAUAUGGACCUUACAUAUUACAAAUGAUUGGUCAGCUUGCCAACAGUAAAGAAGUUUGUCAGGCUAUUGAUUUAUGCAAGGCAACUACUGGACAAGUUCAUCUUCUGGGUGGAAAAAAAUGCUCCUUUGGACCAAGCUACUGGUGUGCUAGUAGUGCUCAUGCCAGUGCUUGUAAGGCUGUGUCAUACUGUAAACAGAAGGUGUGGAAGAAGUAGUUGCUGCUGUAAAGAAACAUUCAAAUCAGUUGUAGUCAAAAACAACCUUUUUUUAAUUGAAUAUAUGAGAGUAAUCACAGGAUCUUUAAUAUAACACUGCAGUUGUAUGUUUGCAGCUAAGGUUUCAAAUUAGAUUGUUGCAUUAUUACACAGUUUAUAAUUUUUUAUAGUAAUAAAUAUGUGAUGCUUAUCUAUCAAUCUACUUAUAAUUAUGUAUUAAAUCAGUUUGUUUUGUGAUACACAUUUUGUACUAGUAUAUUGUAAUUAAUUCAUAAUAAAGAAGAUAGAAGUGUAGCGACAGUAACCUUAUGAUAUUUUGUAUUUGCUAAUAUAAGCAUUAAAGUGUUUCAAGUGUG